AUGAGUUUUCAGAGCUUCUACCAGAGAGCUCUCACCCUCUUCAAGGCUUACCCUUCUACUUCCAAGCUUCUUGUUCUCAGUACCUUCAGUGGUGGUAGUGUACUGGUGUAUUCAGACUUAAACACAGCCGUUACUCCCAAAGAUGGCCAACACAAGAAGAAGGUGGUUGUUCUUGGGAGUGGCUGGAGCGGCUACAGCUUCUUGAGUUACCUCAACAACCCUAAUUACGAUGUUCAAGUUGUCUCUCCUAGAAACUUUUUCCUCUUCACUCCUCUCUUGCCAAGUGUUACCAAUGGCACUGUUGAAGCCCGUAGCAUUGUUGAACCCAUCAGAGGCCUCAUGCGCAAGAAAGGAUUUGGGUUCACGGAGGCAGAGUGUGUCAAUAUUGAUGCAACUAACAAGAAAAUCCAUUGCCGGUCAAAGGAUAGCAAAAGCCUUAAGGGCACAUCGGAGUUUGACAUGGAUUACGACAUUCUGGUCAUAGCUGUUGGAGCUAAGCCCAACACAUUCAACACCCCUGGUGUUGAGGAACAUGCCUUUUUCCUCAAGGAAGCAGAGGAUGCUCUGAAGAUCCGUCAAUCAGUCAUCGACUGUUUUGAGAGAGCUUCUCUUCCGGAUCUAACUGAAGAAGAGAGGAAAAAGAUUCUACAUUUCGUUGUUGUUGGUGGAGGACCAACUGGUGUAGAGUUCUCAGCAGAGCUCCAUGAUUUCCUGGUCGAGGAUGUUGCUAAGAUAUACCCAAAGGUUCAAGAGUUCACUAGAAUCACUCUUCUUGAAGCAGGCGACCACAUUCUCAACAUGUUUGACAAGAGGAUCACUGCUUUUGCUGAGGAGAAGUUCCAGAGAGACGGUAUUGAUUUGAAGACAAAGUCCAUGGUUGUGGGAGUGACUGCUGAUGAGAUAUCCACAAAGGAAAGAGGAACUGGCAAAGUUGUCUCUGAGCCUUACGGUAUGGUUGUGUGGUCAACAGGAAUUGGGCUACGUCCUUUCAUCAGAGACUUUAUGCAGCAGAUUGGUCAGGAGAAGAGACGUGUGUUGGCAACUGACGAAUGGCUUAGAGUGGAAGGAUGCGACGGUGUGUACGCUUUAGGUGACACUGCAACCAUAAACCAACGCAAAGUCAUGGAAGAUAUAGAUGCGAUCUUCACGAAAGCAGACAAGGAAAAGACAGGAACACUGAACAAGAAAGAGUUCAACGGUGUGGUGAAAGACAUCUGCCAGAGGUACCCUCAGGUGGAGCUCUACUUGAAGAAGAAGAAACUGAGGAACAUUGCAAACUUGCUCAAGAGCGCCAACGGCGACGACACAGAGAUCAACAUUGAAAAGUUCAAGCAAGCCUUGGCAGAGGUUGAUACACAGAUGAAGAAUCUUCCAGCAACUGCACAGGUUGCGUCACAACAAGGCAAGUACUUGGCCAAGUGCUUCAACAGAAUGGAGAAAUGUGAGAAGAGGCCAGAAGGUCCACUGAGGUUCAGAGGAGAGGGUCGUCACCGGUUCCAGCCGUUCAGGUACAGACAUUUCGGGUCGUUUGCUCCACUCGGAGGUGAACAGACGGCAGCUGAGCUGCCUGGUGACUGGGUCUCCAUUGGUCACAGCAGCCAGUGGCUCUGGUACUCUGUCUACGCUAGCAAACUGGUGAGCUGGCGCACGAGGACGCUCGUUAUCUCUGACUGGGCUCGACGCUUUAUCUUUGGCCGUGACUCCAGCAGCAUCUAA